GACGGGCUUAUUAGGCAAUAUACUGCAUGUCACCGGAUAUUGAUGUCACCAGAUAUACAAAGACAAGAGAUUUCAGUACUGAUAUGAUACCGGUAGCCUGCUAAAAAUCCUCUUAAUUAAUAAAUGUCAAAUAAGAAAACAUAUCAUGGCAAAUCAUUGUAAGAAAUGCUAAUGCAAAACAAAUAUAUAAACAAGGAAAUUAUUGUUAUAAAUGGAUACAAAUGUCUUGAAGCUGAUAAAGGCCUGAAAAUAGGAGUAAGAGUGCGAGGAAAACAUAAAUAUGCGCGAUAUGCUACACCUUGAAUUGAAACAUGGCUUAUAAAUGCCCGUUAUAAAUUCGAUAAAUUCGAUUUUUUAAAUAUAAAGGUUCAAAUUUCGUCACUGAACUCUUUGCUUUGUGUUGUACGCUAUAAAGAAGACAGCACAAGUAUGGCAUGGAACUAUUCAGUGAUCUCUGCCGCAGAUGGCAAAUGAAGAGUAUACCAUUAACGACAAGGCAGGGCAUAUUUUGAAUUACGUAAGCAGAAACCACCACAAUGGAGAAAUUGGCUUAUCUAGGCCGACCUUAUCUGUAUCACAUCGACAAAGAUGACAAAGACUUGACCAUACCGAAAACGCCCCCACCAGAACAACAACAGGGUCAGGAUUCCCAGCAAACGUUUGAUGUGGAGAACUUUUUUCUCCUGGAAAAUUGGAACCCUGACAAUGAGCCAUUGCAGCAAGACAAUAACUACAAGCCGUUCUUCCUCGGAAUAGCCAACGGAGGUUUAGAUUUUAUGUACGCGAAAUUGGCAGGCCUUGACCCGAAGAAGCACUUCCACAGCAAAACCAAACACAAAAAACACGUGAUUAUUGUUGGGGCUGGUGCGUCCGGUCUGGCGGCUGCGUUCGAACUGAGUCAAAGUGGACACAAGGUGACCAUCUUGGAAAUGCAGCAACGCGUUGGAGGGAGAAUGAAGACCAUUCGGGAGCCGUUCACUCGUGGACUCCAUGCCGAAGGUGGCGCUAUGCGACUUCCGGGGACAGGAAAGAAAGAUUGGAAGGGACCUUCCCAUUUUAUGACUGACCAUUACAUUCGCCAAUUUCACGUGGAGACCAGGCCGUUCGAAAACAUCAAUGAGAAAUGCUUCCAUCAUGUUUAUGGUCACGCCAAUAUAACAAUCAAAGACUGGAAGGAAAAGAACAAAAAGUGGUCCGACAAGUUCUGGCCCGGGUGGGAUUGUAAUCUUCCAAAGGACGUGAAGAAAGAACUCAACAUCACUGGAAUAGACAGUUAUUACGAGAGAACUUUCGAGCCUGUGAAGGAGGAGCUGCGACAAGAUCAUUCAACGGAAGGCUGGAACCGAUGGGUCACAAAGUGGAGCAAGCUUUCUCUUGACGAGUUCUUGAGAAGCGAUAUCCAUCAGAAGCCUGGAGCACCAAAACUCCGGCCGUGGCCUGAGCGAGCAAUCCAAGCCUUCACUGUAUCAAACUACGCCCCCUUCCUGUCAAUCAGUCUGGUGGAGUUCCUUCGGGACGAACUGGGUGGCUGGUGGGAGGAUCCUAUGUACACACCCAGUGAGGGAAUGGAGGAGUUAGGCUGGGCGUUCAUCAAACAAAAUCCUGGUGGGUGGGACCCACACGUUCACUUGAAAGAAAACAUUCGAUUCGGCGUCGAAGUGGAGAAAAUUGAAAUGGUGAACCCUGAGCGUCGACGUGGAGUGCGCGUGUCGGGAAAAAACGUGGCGACUGGCGAGCCGCUGACCGUGCUCGGGGAUGCAGUGAUCCUCACUGUGCCUAUUCCGGUCCUCCGUCAGAUGGACGUGCCGUUGUCGUCGGACCAGGAACGAGCCUUGAACUUUGUAUCUUAUGAAUCCUCAACGAAGAUCCUGCUGCAGUAUGAGAAGAGGUUCUGGCAGGAGGAGUUCGGUAUACAAGGGGGUAUGACCCGCACUAACCUCCCCAUUGGCCAGGUCCACUACCCUGACUGGGAAAAGUCAGGAAUCUCGCCGAAAUCACGCGGUAUUCUCGUCUGCUACACAUGGGAACAGGAUGCUGUGGUGAUGGCAUCCAUGUCAGACAAUGACGCCAUUAGAAGUGCCGUGAGGCAAAUCGAAAAACUCCAUCCCGGUUCGGAGAAAUAUUUCGAAGUUGGGGCAAGGCAAGCGUGGACCAGGGACCCAGCAGCCCAAGGGGCAUAUGCCUUUCUCCGUCCUGGAGAGUUCAGUAACGCUCUGUCGGCUCUGGUAAAACCAACCCCACCAAUCUUUCUGGCGGGAGAGGCUUUGUCCUGGACGAACGGCUGGAUCCAAGGAGCCAUAGAAUCGGGUCUUAGAGCAGCAUUCCAGUUCUAUGCUCAUAACGAGGAAGAGUCGUAUCGUGAACAGACGGAGGCAGAACGAUGAAGAAAGAAAUAAUGGGAAAAUGCAUGUUAUAUAAACACGUUAGACCUGGGGUAUACUAAACCACCAUUUACCUUCGCUUAUAAUUAAACAUUUCCAAAGUGAUGUGCACCAAUGGCUGAGGGAUAGAUGGAUAUGUCAUGUACAUUUUAGUAUGGUUAAGGGAAUAAACAGCCAAAGUCGAAAAUUUUGACAG